AUGGAGAAACCGGAUUCAAACGGAUAUGUAAAUAUAACUUGGCCUAGUAAAAAUAUUCCUCAUGGCGGCAUCUUUCAUACGCGCGUGAGAGAAUACUCGACUAAUCAGCAAGAGUUUCUAAAAUUGCUGCUAGAGGAAUCGAGGUUGACUGCUGCACAGCGGCGAAAAUCAGCAUAUUCUUUGCGCCAGAAUGAAAUUAAAGAACCACCUCCAGUAAGGGAAAACGUGAGGACUUUUAGACCGCGCACGUCUUGUCGUCGUUCUCUGUCUGCUAUACGAGCUUCUGGUGUUUUUGAGAUAGAUUCGUAA